GAGAAACAGAUAUUAAAUCAAUAAUGGCUGGACAUCAUAAAUCAAAUAAAAUUGGAUAUUGUAAUAGUUUCAAAUGUUUUCGUCGACCUAUUGUACCAUUUUUAGUAUCAAAAACACAAAAUGUAAACAUUCCUAUACGAUUUAAUCAUGAUAUUCUAAAUAAUAUAUUAACAAAUGCACAAAAGCAAUGUUAUGCUUUUUCAUCUAAGUCAGAAGCUUUUAAAAAUGUAGGAACACAAACAGAUUAUCGAGAUAGUGAAGCGCAAACUAUUCCUUGGGAACCAUCAUACAGAAUUAAAUUAGGACAUAAUCCUGAAGUAUUAACAAUAGUACAUUUAACUUGGAAUCAUGGAUUACAAAUUGGAAAUCAUGAAUUAGAAAUUAUUAAUAGAAUAAGAAAAAAAAAAGCAUGGGAGGCAAUUCUGCCUUCUAUGGAUACACCGGCUAAUAUAAGAAAAAGAACAGCUAUAAUAAAUGCAUUAGAAGUAGAUGAAUGGGCAUUUAGAGAAUCGGAAAUUCAAGCAAUAAUGGAUUACAGACUUGAAUUAAUGAAUGAAAUAUCUAAAUCAUAUGAAUAUGAAAAACAAAAAAAAAUUCAAGAUCGUUUAGAUAGAUUGACAAAUCUUUUAUCUCUGCGUAGAGAUAAAGUAAAUUCAAUUAAACAUAAGCUUAGAAGAGAAUUAAGAAAAUUAUAUAAAAGAUAUCAAGAAAAAUCACAACCUCUCAAACAUGAUAUUAUUGAAGAACAUGCAAAUCCAUCUUCUGAAUUAUAUGCACCAAAAAUGCGUUAUGGUGAACAUCCUCAAAGAAGACAUGAAAUAAUAGAAAAAGAAUUAUUAGGAGAAAGUUUCAUUGAAAAUGUAACUGAAAUAAAUACUUUGCCAAAAUGGCUUCCAACAUAUGAACAACUAAGUGCAAUAGAACCUAAACCUAAGUCAGAUGAUUUAUGUAUUAGAGCAACAAGAUGGACAAAAGAAAAAUUAAUUCAGUUACAUUCUGAUUUAAAAGCAAUAAGACUAAAUACUAUAUAUGUGACAAUAGAUGUACCAAUAUUAUUAAAGCGCAAGUAUAAAAUGCCAUCUUUACCUCCUACACCAUAUAAAACAACUAUAGAAGAUAUAGCAAAUACACGUCUGCAUCAAUUGUCUAUACUUAUUCAAAAAAUAGUUAGAGGAAGAGCUAUUCAGUGCAUGAUGUUUGAAGGUCGCAAUAGAUGUAGGGAAUUAAUUGAAGAAUUACAAUCAUCUUAUGGAUUAGAAGAAUAUAGUAAAAAACAAAAUCAAAAAGAAAAACAGCGUACAUUAGAGUUACAAGAAUUACAAAACAAAAAAUCUUUGCAAGAUGAUCGUUUAUGUGAAAUCUUAAAUUCUUUAGAAGGAAUGACUAUAUCAGGAAUGCUAGAUUUUCUUACUAAAGAACUAAUAAGAUUAGAAGAUGAACGUCAAAUACAUGCUUUUGCAUUAUUAGCUGAAAGAAAAAGAGCUAUCAGAGAAGCAGCAGAAGCUGGAAAACGUCAGUUAGAAUAUAAUCGUCGCAGAGAAUUUGACGAAAUAUUUAAACAAAUUAUAAAAAUUAAUCAAGAUUCUGUAGAAACUUAUUUAGAAGAUAUAAUAAAAGAAGGCAUUGAAUGGAUAUCCGAUGAAGCAACUAAAGCAUAUAUUUCAAAAUUGUGUGAUACAAUAGAUAAUAUAUCAAAAGUUGCACGUGACAAUGAAACAAAAUUAGCAGAAGAAGAAAUGAUAGCUAAUAUGAUUUACAAUUUCGUAUUACCAGAAAUAGAAAAAACUACUUUACGAAAAAAUAUAAAAGAAAAGCAACAAGUUUAUUUGCAAAAUGCUCAUGCUGUAAUCUAUAAUAAAAUAUUGAACUUAUCAUCUGUUGAAGAUAAAAAUUAAUUGAAAAAAAA